AUGCUCACUCUCAAAGCAUUCUGUAACCGUUCGAGAAAUAAAUGGAGAACUUCAAGACUUGAAUGUUCAGCUCAACCACUCAAGCUUCGAGAAGCGUGCCUAGGGAAUCACAAUUUCAUUCGUUAUCAAUCUUCAAGUCCUGUUGCUGUUUCUUCAAAAGUUCCUUCAAGCGAAACUACAUCUCCUAGAGAAUACUUUGGUCAACCACUUCCGUUUACUCAUCCCCACCUUUUAAAAUCAGAUGAAACGACUAUUGGGAUCACUGCUAGAGAGUAUGCUGACCGGAGGAAGAAAUUGAUGGACAAACUCGAGGAUGGGAGUGUGGUGAUUUUAGCUGGUGGUCGGUUGCAGUGGAUGGCUCAUCAUGUCUUCUAUCCAUUUCGACAAUCUAGUGAUUUCUGGUAUCUGACCGGAUUUCAAGAACCGGAUUCUUGCUUGGUCCUUGAAAAGGGCAAUAGCGAAAAAGGUUAUGAGAUGACUUUGUUCGUCCGUCCGAAAGAUCUUUCUAAAGAGUUAUGGGAAGGUGCUAGAACGGGAGUUGAGGGUGUAGUUCGGUGGUUUGCAGCUGAUAAGGCCUUUGAUAUCGAUCAACUUGCCACCAAGCUACGACCUUUACUCACUCAAUCAACAAAUAUACCCAUUUAUCUUGACUUACCUGACGAUGCCGAAUCUCUGAUGCGUAUACGAAAAAGUGGAUCGAGCUUGAUGAACUUUUUUUCACCUAGUGCAUCUCAAGAUGCUGAUCUGAUCAGUCUUCUCAGUUCGCCGUUUCGUAAUUCUCGAAAUCAAAACGAUAUAGAGGCAUGUUUGAAUGUUCUAGCAACUGCACCGAUGCGUCAGAUACGCUCUCGAAGUAAAAAGUCAUCAAAAUAUCGACCUAUCGAGUCUUUGAAACGUAAACUCGUUCCAUUGAAGAUGAUCAAAUCACCAGCUGAGCUCAAGUUACUCCGAAAAGCUUGCGAUAUCACGGCUCGGGGUCACAAGGCUGCCAUGCGACUCGCUGCACAAACAUCAGAACACAAAUCACAAACUGAAUAUGAUUUAGUUCGAGCAUUCGAAACAACUUGUCAAGGAGAUCCUGUGGGCUUUGGAGGUCGGAUGGGUUAUGUACCUGUUUGUGCAGCUGGAGAUGCUGCACUUACAGUUCAUUAUACUGCUAAUGAUCGUAUGCUACAAGCUGGAAACCAAAUGGUUCUCUUAGAUGCAGGAUUCGAAUAUGCAGGUUAUUUGGCGGAUAUCACUCGUUCUUUCCCGAGUGGAAACGAUGGCAAAUUUACAUCCCCUCAACGAGAUUUAUAUGAAGCUGUUCUGAGUGUUCAGAAAGAUUUGAUCAGUCGUUGUACUGAAGAAGAAAGUGUUUCUUUAAGCAGUUUACAUCGAGCAAGUUGUCAAUUAUUACGUAGUGCGCUUUCACAACUUGGUUUCGAUCUUAAAGUACCUGGAACUCUGGAACAGUUGUAUCCUCAUUAUAUUGGACAUCCAGUUGGGACAGACUUACAUGAUACCCCUACUUUGGAUAGAACGACUCAGCUCAAGUCGGGUUCAGUGAUUACUAUUGAACCAGGUAUAUAUGUACCUCAUGAUGAUUGUUUUCCUUCAGAGUUUCAUGGAAUAGGGAUUAGGAUUGAAGAUAUGGUACAGAUUAAAAAAAAGGAUUAUAUUGUGUUGAGUUGUAAUACUCCUAAAGAAGUGAUUGAUGUUGAAGCUUGUGGAUCUGGUUUGUUGGAAAAUUUAAAUUGA